GUGCGUGCGGAGAAGCGGAGUCUACGAGGCCUGGCUCGGCAGUGUUGUGUGUGUCGGUGUGUGAGUGUGGAGGGGGGAGGGCGUCGAUGGCGGCGGCGGGCGACGUCGGUGCUCCUGUCCGCCUUGGCUACUAGCCUUUCCCAGUCGGCCACCGCCCGCACCUACGGGAUCUUUUGCAAAGGGCUGACGCGGACCCUCCUCAUCUUCUUCGACUUGGCGUGGAAGCUACGCAAAUUUCCUUACCUGUACCUGGUGGCUUCGAUGAUGUUCAACGUCAGGCUACAGAAAACGUGUUCAAGAAUAAUUCUGAAGUGUGACACCACAGAUCCCUGUGGAAUCUAA